AAGAGCCAUGCAAGCCCAACGAGUGUGAGAGUGAGAGGAAAGGAGAGCGUGCGUGAGAGAGAAAGAGAGAGGGAGGGAGAGAGAGAGAAAGAGAGAGGGAGCGAGAGAGAGAGAAAGAGAGAGGGAGGAGAGAGGGAGAGAGGAGGGGGGGAGCAUGAAGGACGCGCUCCAGCUGUCUCCCUGACAGACUGAGCCGGGGAGCUGAGCUGAGCUGAGCUGAGCGGAGCGCGGGGGCUGCAGCCCGCUCUCACACACAACAACACACACCAAACUUGCCCUCUCUCUCUCUCUCUCUCUCCCGCGCCGCGCUGCACUGAGCCGUGUGGUGCGGAGCACACGGACUCUCGUCCUGCCGACGGAUCUUCUGCCCCCCCUUCUCUAAAAGCCCCCCCCCCACACACACACACACACGCACGCACACACACCCCCUUACCCCCUCCUCCUCCCUCACGCUCCCGUCCUCGCCUUGCAUCUUCUCUGACCAAACCUCAUGUCGUUUUGCCUGGUCGACUACUUCGACAUGGAAUCGCCCACCAAGGAGAUCGAGGAUUUCGAGAACAACUCACUGAAGUAUCUGCAGCCGGAUCAGAUUGAGAAGAUCUGGCUAAGACUGCGCGGACUGAGGAAAUACAAGAAGACGUCACAGAGGUUGCGAUGCCUGGUAAAGCAGCUGGAGAGGGGCGAGGCGUCGGUGGUGGACCUGAAGAAGAACCUGGAGUAUGCCGCCACCGUGCUGGAGUCGGUCUACAUCGAGGAGACGCGGCGUCUGGUGGACACGGAGGAUGAGCUCAGCGACAUCCAGUCGGACUCGGUCCCGUCGGAGGUGCGCGAUUGGCUGGCCGCCACCUUCACGCGGCAGAUGGGGCUGAUGCUCCGGCGGACGGAGGAGAAGCCGCGCUUCCGCAGCAUCGUCCACGCAGUGCAGGCUGGGAUAUUUGUGGAGAGAAUGUACCGACGGACGUCCAACAUGGUGGGAUUAAGCUAUCCUCCCAGCGUGAUCACCGUUCUCAAGCACGUGGACACGUGGACAUUUGAUGUGUUUGCUCUGAAUGACGCAAGUGGAGACCAUGCACUGAAAUUCAUCUUUUAUGAGCUGCUCACCAGAUAUGACUUGAUCAACCGCUUCAAGAUCCCCAUAUCUGCGCUGGUAUCCUUUGUGGAGGCUCUGGAGGUGGGCUACAGCAAGCACAAAAACCCCUACCACAAUCUCAUGCACGCGGCAGACGUGACGCAGACCGUCCACUUCUUCAUGCUGAAGUCGGGCAUUGUGCAUUGGAUGACGGAGUUGGAAAUCUUUGCACUGAUCUUCGCAGCGGCUGUGCAUGAUUACGAGCACACCGGAACCACUAACAACUUUCACAUCCAGACCAGGUCGGAUAUGGCAAUCUUCUACAACGACCGCGCCGUUCAGGAGAACCACCACGUGAGUGCGGCCUACCGCCUCCUGCAGGACGACGAUGAGAUGAACAUCCUGUACAACCUGUCCAAGGACGACUGGAGGGAGUUGCGGGCCUUGGUGGUGGAGAUGGUGCUGGCCACAGAUAUGUCCUGUCACUUCCAGCAGAUCAAGGCCAUGAAGAAUUUCCUCCAGCAACCCGAGGCGAUCGACAAACCCAAGGCCUUAUCUCUGCUGCUCCACACGGCAGACAUCAGCCACCCGGCUAAGAACUGGGACCUGCACCACCGAUGGACCACGUCGCUGCUGGAGGAGUUCUUCCGACAGGGUGAUAAAGAGUCGGAGCUUGGACUGAUCUUCUCGCCGCUCUGUGACCGCAAGUCUACCAUGGUGGCUCAGUCUCAAAUCGGUUUUAUCGAUUUCAUUGUGGAGCCGACCUUCACUGUGCUUACGGACAUGACGGAGAAGAUUGUGACACCGCUCAUCGACGAGGCCUCGCGGUCGGGCCUGGCUGGAUUCCGCCGCUCCAGCCUGAAUAACAUCUCUCCAGACGGGAAGCGCUCCAGCGUCAAGAGCACGGGCUCGGAGGGCAGCACGUCGCUCAACUGCUCCCUGCUCACCGUCGACUUCAAGAGCUUCAAGGCCACGUGGAACGAGGAGGUGCAGCAGAACAGGGACAAGUGGAAGGCCCAGGCAACCAAAGACUUGGAGGAGAAGGCCAAGAGGGAGGCUGAGGAGAAGGCCAAGCUGGAGGAGGCCGAGGGCAAGAAGGAGGAGAGCAAGGAGUCGGAGACCCCCGAGCCCACACAGGACAAGGACACGAGGGCCACCACGGACACCAAGGACACCAAGGACACGGCAGAGAGCACCGACAAGGACAAAGAGGAGAAGGAGAGAGAACAAGGGAAAGAGAAGGAGAAGGAGAAAGAGAAAGAGCGAGAAAAGGAGAAGGAGAAAGAAAAGGAGAAGGACAAAGAGAAAGGGAAGACGGAGGAGAGGAAAGCGGAGCCGGCGGGGGCGGAGGCGGCGGGCGCCGAGGCGAUGAAGGACCCCGUGGAGCAGGAGCCCAAGGAGGCCGAGGGGAACAAAGACCCGGGGGGGACCCAGGGGACGAAACCCGAGCCCGACCCGCAGGAGGCCUCUGGCCCCAAGCAGCCAGCCACCCACAGCAGCACGGACAGCAGCGGUCAGCAGGUCCAGAAUGGUGAAGUGUCCAAGCAGCUAGACUCACCUGAGAGUGAGAGCAGUGAGAAAAAGAGCUCAAGUUCAGACGAUUCGGACGAGGACGGACAGAGCAACUCACCCGCUUCUCUGGCGGCCGCAUCAGCGUCCGCGGCCUCUGCCGGCGAUGCAAACUAGUACCCAUAAUCCUCUGCUGCAUACACGACGCCACGCACACGUGUGCGCGCGCAUGCACACUCACACCGACGCGUCCUAUUCGUCUGUCUGUCUCUCUCUCUCUCUCUCUCUCUCUCUCUCUCUCUGCAAGUCCUCCCUCUCGAAACCCUGGCAACAGCAGCAACAGCUUGUGGCCAAAGCUCCACUGUGUUGGCCAACUUGUUUGGUUUGUAUGCUUUUCAAAGUUGUUUUCGUUGGUUUGU